AUGGAUGACUUUGAACAGGCAUCUCUGGUUGUCUUUGCAGCUGCAGAUGUGCCUGGUCUGAGCCAUGAUCAGCAUGGCCAGCCACAGGUCAACCAGCACCACAAAGCAACUCCCUUCAUGCACAAGACAACUGCACCAAUUUGGCCUGAUGAUCUGCAUCAGAAAGACACCUGCUGGUUCUGCAAUAAAACUCCAUUCCCUGGGAGGGCAAUGAAAGAAACCAACACAUUGUAUGCUGAAGAAGAAGUGUCUGAUUCUGAUGAAGUCAAUCAAUUGGAUGGUCUAGGUGCAGCAGAUGAAUUACCAACACUUUCCAAAAGGAGGCCAGCUGAGAUGAUUGAAUUCACUGGAAAGAUUAAGGAUGGUUCCAAGCAUCAGGGCGAUGAUCAUUUGCAAAGUGUUCCAAUCACCCAGGAUGCACCUCCAAAUCCAGAUGGACAUGGCAACAAGUGGCCAGAGGGUAUGGAUUCCCAAUCAGGAAAGAGGCCAUUGGCAGUGAGUGGUGGAGAUGGAAUGAUGGAGGGCAUCUGGAAAUCCCCUCAGUUCAGGCUGCAAUGGUCAUGUCAGGGGGCAUCCCCCACCCCUGUUACAAAGGGCCCCAAUCAUUUCAUUUUUGACUCACACACACAUUUAUGUUCCCAUGGUUGGGUGUUGAACAUUGAUAUUCAGAGCAGCAACAGCUUCCAACAAGUGAAAUUGUUUAGCAUCCAUCCACUAUGGCAGACCAAAUACCCCAUGGAGUAUGCUUCAAUCCCAGAGUUCAUAUUUGGCAAAUUGAAGCCAGGGGGGAGGACCCCCCACAAUCUGCAGGCCCCUCAAGGAGGGGUCAAAAGUAUAGACACCCAAUUCUUGGCUGAAGACAUCAGCAAUCCCCAGGUGCCAAUGCUUGAAGAUCAGCUGGAUGUUUUAUUCUGUGCAGAGGGGCACCAACUGCAACAGAAAUUUAUGCACCUAUAUUCCACCUGGAUGAGCCACAACCUGUCUGAUGAGGAGAAGUGGGAAAUGGAGGUGCAUGGUUUCAUACAUCCAGGAGCUGAUCAUUCCAUAUAUUGGGCUGUUCAUCAGUUUAGGCUCACCUGUCAUCCCAUCCAGUAUCAUUCCCCUUUCCACCCAAAUGACCAGUUUGAUCCAGCAGUUGUGGAUGCAAUGGCACAGACAGCAACAGAUUUUGCCUAUGUGGUACUACAAUGGAUGGACCUUUGCAAGGAAGCAGAGAGAUCCCUCCAUCAAAUCACUGAUUUGGAUGACUUCUAUGACCCAUUUGCUGCAAUAGGCCUUCAGCAAUUUGCAGCACAACCUCAAUACCUGGCCCAGCAUACAACUGCCAACCAUGGCCAAAUGGCCAGCAAACUGUGGACUCCCCACCUGCAGGAAGAUGGCAGGUAUUACAGGGACUUUUGGCCGUUGGACAAGUCCCCCAUCAAGGAUCACCUCCAUGGGAUGUUGGAAUCGCAGGUGGAGAGUUACAAGAACAAUGCAUGCAGAGUAGAGGUGCUACUCCCUGACCUUAAUGCACAAGUAGAAGAAUUAUUCGAGUGGUUGACAUGCAUGGUGCAGAUGUUGGGAUUGUACACCAAUGGGGCUAGAUGCAAAUUGUAUACUUGUGUAGAGUAG